GCGUGAUAAUGGGGCGUUGGGGGGAACGUGUCCUCUGCCGACUUCGCUGCUGCGGGGCUCGGAGAAGCGCAGUUGAUUGUGCGUUCCCGAUUAGGAUUUCCAGAUUUUAAAAUUCCAGGUGGAAAAGGCGUUGACAUUAGCUUUGAAUGUGUCAGGGACGCGUUCGGAGUCGGGGCGCAGUGUUAAGGUGAGGUAGCCGGCAGCAUCUUGGUACCAUGAGUUACUCUGGCCAAGGCUCCCCACUGAGCCCGGAGCCUAACGGCCGGGGCGGCGGAAGCGCCUGGGAACUGGGUUCCGAGGCGGUUUACAGUAGUGUAUGCUGCUACGAGCACCUCCCCGGCGGGGACCGGACGGAUGCCGAGGUGACCUUGGCCCUACUGGGCGGAGAUCCGGGGCUGCCACUGGCGCAGGGCUUGGAAGAGCAUAGCCAUCACUUGACUCUGGAUUCCUGCCUCAGCGACGAGACCUACGACUUCAGUUCGGCCGAGUCAGGCUCCUCCCUACGCUACUACAGCGAGGGCGACAGCUGCGGCGGCGGCGGCGGCGGCGGCGGCUCCUCCUCGCUGCUGAUCCCCCCGCAGACCCAGCCGUCGUGUCUACACUCCUCUAUCUCAGGCGGUGCGGUGGCGGCCACUGCGGGUCAGGGGGAGAGGAAGCGAUCCCGCUCGGACUGCUCGGCUUCCCGGCAUCGCUAUGAAGUGGUGGCCGAGUUGGGCCCGGAGGAGGUGCGCUGGUUCUACAAGGAAGAUAAGAAGACCUGGAAGCCCUUCAUUGGCUAUGACUCUCUCCGCAUUGAGCUGGCCUUCCGGAACCUGAUUCAGGUGACUGACAACAGGCCGCGGGCCCUGCGAGGGGAGCCGGCUCUCGCCUCGAGCUCAGGGGACGAGGAUGAGGACAGCACCUGUGGCUACUGCCGGAGCGCGGUCCUGAGCGAGCCCGAGCUGGAGGAGCUGAUCCACAUCGAGCCGGUGUGCGUCCGAGGCGGGCUCUACGAGGUGGAUGUGGCCCAGGGAGAGUGCUACCCCGUCUACUGGAAUCAAAGUGACAAAAUACCAGUAAUGCGUGGACAGUGGUUCAUUGAUGGUACUUGGCAACCACUAGAAGAGGAAGAAAGCAAUUUAAUUGAACAAGAACACCUUAAGUGUUUUAAAGGUCAACAGAUGCAAGAAAAUUUUGAUGUUGAAAUGUCAAGACCCAUAGAUGGAAAAGAUGGCAGUGGAAUCAGCUAUGCUGUUGUCUACCACCUCCCUCCCUUCUCCCUCCCUUUGUUCAAAUGGAGAGGAUAUAAGGAGAGUACAGAUGCUGCAUGUCUUAAACGAAAGCGUUCCCAAGCUAUUCAUAGUUUCAAGUUGAGUCGCAACCACGUGGACUGGCAUAGUGUGGAUGAGGUAUAUCUUUACAGUGAUGCAACAACAUCUAAAAUUGCAAGAACUGUUACACAAAAGCUGGGUUUUUCUAAAGCUUCAAGUAGUGGGACCAGACUCCAUCGAGGCUAUGUGGAAGAAGCUACCUUAGAAGACAAGCCCUCACAGACUACUCAUAUUGUUUUUGUUGUGCAUGGCAUUGGGCAGAAGAUGGACCAAGGAAGAAUAAUAAAAAAUACAGCCAUGAUGAGAGAUGCUGCAAGAAAAAUAGAAGAAAAGCACUUUUCUAAUCAUGCAACACAUGUUGAAUUUCUGCCUGUUGAGUGGAGAUCAAAACUUGCUCUUGAUGGAGACACCGUUGAUUCUAUUACUCCUGACAAAGUGCGAGGAUUAAGGGAUAUGUUAAAUAGCAGUGCAAUGGACAUAAUGUAUUAUACAAGUCCACUUUAUAGAGAUGAACUAGUUAAAGGUCUUCAGCAGGAGCUGAAUCGAUUAUAUUCGCUUUUCUGUUCUCGGAAUCCAGACUUUGAAGAAAAGGGGGGUAAAGUCUCAAUAGUGUCACAUUCUUUAGGAUGUGUAAUCACUUAUGACAUAAUGACUGGCUGGAAUCCUGUUCGACUUUAUGAAAAGCUAAUGCAGAAGGAAAGUGAACUACCUGAUGAACGAUGGACAAGCUAUGAAGAACGACAUCUCCUGAAUGAACUCUAUCUAACUAAGCAGCGGUUGAAAGAAAUAGAAGAAAGAUUGCAAGGAUUGAAGACAUCAACUAUAACACAAACACCUGCCUUAAAAUUUAAAGUUGAGAAUUUUUUCUGCAUGGGAUCCCCACUAGCAGUUUUUUUGGCAUUACGUGGCAUCCGUCCAGGGAACAGUGGAAGUCAAGACCAUAUUUUGCCUAGAAUCAUAUGUAACCGGUUAUUAAAUAUUUUUCAUCCCACAGAUCCAGUUGCUUAUAGAUUAGAACCGUUAAUUUUGAAACAUUAUAGCAACAUUUCACCUGUCCAAAUCCAUUGGUAUAAUACUACAAAUCCUCUACCUUAUGAACAUAUGAAGCCAAGUUUUCUCAACCCUGCAAAAGAACCUACCUCAGCAUCAGAGAAUGAAAAUUUGUCAGCAGCAUCAAGCCCGGUGACUUCACCUGUCAUGUCUCGACGACAUUAUGGGGAAUCUAUAACAAAUAUAGGCAAAGCCAGCAUAUUAGGAGCUGCUAGCAUUGGGAAAGGUCUUGGAGGAAUGUUGUUUUCAAGAUUUGGACGUUCUAGUAGUUCAUCCACAUCACAGCCAUCUGACACAUCAAAAGAAGUAACAGAAGAAGAAAAGAAGUCUGUCACCCUACCAGUCAGCACCACUAUGGCCACACAGACUUUUCCACACAGCAGUUCUGGCUUUCUCGAUUCUACAUUGGAACUGGAUCACAGGAUUGAUUUUGAACUCAGAGAAGGCCUUGUGGAAAGCCGAUACUGGUCAGCUGUAACAUCACAUACUGCAUAUUGGUCAUCCUUGGAUAUUGCCCUCUUUCUUUUAACUUUCAUGUACAAACAUGAACAAGACAAUGAUGCAAAGCCAAAGUUAGAUCCAAUCUGAACUUUUGAAGGAACUUUAAUGGCACAAAAUUGAUGCUUGUUAAAAUUCAAUAUGUUUGAGACACAGAGGUUUCAGGUUUAAGUAUGUUUCAAUUUUAAUGGGGCAGGAAAUAUUUGUAUUUAAAAGCACCUUAUUUUUAUUUUUUUUAAAUAUUCAGACCUAACCUACAUGAGUUCAUUUCAAAUUUUCAGAUACCACCCUAUAUGGUAUCUGAAUGGUUACUAAGGCAGACUUGAGAGGUCUAUGGUAACAAUCAUAAAACUGUUAAGUUAAUUUAAGUAUAAAGAUUCAUUAUCCAAUGGAAUCCAAUUAGUUAACUAAAUAUAUGCACCAAAAAAUUUAUUUUAUGUAAGAAUAAAAAACAAAAGACUGUGUUUCACAGUAACAUCGAGGCCAUUCUAACUACAAAUUUAGAUUUUGUUGAAUUUAACUUAGAUAACUAAUGUUUAAAAAACAAACAAAUGACUAACUACUGUGUUUAUAAUUUAUUACCUCUAAUUAUUUUAUUCUAAUGUUUGAAGCAUCACUUUAAAAAAAACUUCAUUGGGCAUA